AUGACUUCAGACUUGAUACUCGAAGUAACCGGCGGUUUUAGAGAUGACUUCUUGAGCGAAAGAGACAUCCUCGUACGCCGCCGAUUAGUCAACGCUGUGCCGCUACUACAGCGCAACGCUCCGGCGGUGCAAGCCACGCGGGCAUAUACGUCGAAGCUCGCAGCCCGCCGUGUAUAUGGCACCGUAGCAAACGGUAGGCGACUUCGCCUUGAAGUACUAGGGCAGAAAGUGAUGCAACCUGCCUUUGGUGACAGUCGCACCGUCACAGAGCUGCUCUUCGCCGCACCCGAGGUUCUUGAGAGUGACAACGACUGA